AUGUCCACACCUCUCCCUCCAGACCCAGAUGCUCCCCUCACAGGCGCUGCACGCUCCGUGGAUCGCCAAGGACUCGUCAUUAUCGUCUGGACAUGCUUCACCAUCGCUACGCUCUUUAUAUCGCUACGGCUCUCGGUACGAUGGCUGCAGAACCGACGCUUUCUCGCCGAUGACUACUGGAUUACUUGGGCGUGGCUAUGUACCCUCACCAUGGCUAUACUCCAGACAGAGCAGAUGGAUUCUCUGUGGUAUAUGACUUACCUUCAGGCGGGUCGCGUAGCCUACGACCCGAUAGAGCUCGAGUCCCAUCGCAUUCAGAUCACACGGUGGCAGUUCCCAAUUAUCAAGCUGUUCUGGAUCAUCUUAUGGUCUGUAAAAGCCAGCUUUCUGGCCUUGUUCUAUAGACUGGUGCAGCCGUUCCCUGCCAUUCGCCGAUGUUGGUACGCAGUCGCAGUGUUUGCAGCCGCAGCGCUCAUUGUGUGCAUCAUCUGUAGUAUCCUUACUUGCAGCCCGCCUUCCAACUACUUCCAAGGCAGUUGUGAUUCCCCACGAGAGCAAUGGAGACAGUCUUUUAAUGUCAUCUUCUCAACUACCGUCGACGUUGCCACCGACCUCAUGAUCAUGGCGCUUCCGAUCGCAGUACUUCCCUCUCUACAACUCGACAUAAAGAAGAAGAUUGGACUUGGAAUAGUCUUUUCGCUGGGUAUAAUCAUCAUCUCCGUCGCCCUUGUUCGCAUGUCAAAGGUCAUCGUUGGAAACCAGGUCGAUCUCGUGGGCCUGGCUAUUUGGGGCGCCGUGGAAACAGCAACAGCUCUUGUCGUCGGCUCGCUACCGGCACUCAAGGGCCUACUCAACCGAAGCAUCAAGAGGUACGCUACAUCGAGGAGCGGUAGAACAGAUCCGGCCGAUCACAGCAGUCGAUGUUCCCAGCGUCGUCGGGGCCAUGGCUCUGCAUUGACGCCUCGGGCUAUCGUGGCUUCUGAUUGUAUCCCUCUUGAUGAUGCCCACCACAGCGGCCAAGUUAGCGGUGGUAUAUAUGUCCACAAAAACCAAACAUUCACAAUAGCCACUCUGAGGGCUGAUAGUCUCUCCCUGAGCGAAGGGGAUGAAGCACCUAUUAUGAGAGUAGCACCUAGAUAG